AUGGUGCCCAUCAACCACGCGACACAACGAAGCUGCGUGGUGGCGCAGAACAACGACGCCGCCGCAUACAACUCCCUGUUCAAACACUCCAUCAACGCCCUGAGUGCUUCGCUCGUCGAAGGCAAGUUCGUGUACGUGGACAUCUACACCCCACUGAUCAACAUGAUCCAUAACCCUAAAAGAUACGGUUUUGAGUCGACGACGUUGGGGUGUUGCGGGACUGGGACGGUGGAGAUGGGUCCGUUGUGCAAUGCGAUGACGCCGGUGUGCUCGGCUCCUUCUUCUUUCAUGUUCUGGGACUCUGUUCAUCCAUCAGAGGCAACAUACAAAGCUCUUGCGAAAGAGAUGAUUAAAGAUGUGCUCCCAAAGUUUGGAUGA